AAUGGAUAAUAACUACAAUGAUAAUGUCAACGGCUGGGCCGAAAUGGAACCAUCUCAACCAAUGGGAGGUCUGCGCCUACCAACUCAGAACAUGGAUCCACCAGAGCAAAAUAAUGAGUCACAAUUGAGUGAACUACCGAGAAUGAAAAUUGAUAAUGAUUACGCAUCUCCAAUUGAACGGCAAAGUGUUAUCACAAGUGGCACAAAUAACUAUGAGCCGAAAGUGGAAACUGUUACAUCAUUUUUCCAUACUGGCAUAGACUACUCAAACUUUGGAAUGUUGGACCAAACUACCAUGCAACCGUUUUAUCCUCUUUACAGUGGAAUUCCCGUAAACACUCUUGGAACUUUUUCGGGAUAUACAAACUCCAUAUACGACAAACCCUCUCUGUACGACCCCAGUAUUCCUACCAUUAACAUCCCUUCUACUUAUCCAACUGUGGCUCCAACUUACGAAUGCGUCAAAUGCUCACAAAGUUGUGGGGCCGGGAUGAAGGCAGUAAACGGAGGAAUGAUGUGCGUCAACUGUUCAACACCAAAAACCACGUAUUCUCCUCCAGUCGCGUAUAGCACUUCUUUGGGACAACCCCCGAUUCUGGAAAUACCUUCAGAGCAGCCAACUGCUAAAAUUGCCAAGCAAUCCUCUAAAAAGUCAAGUAGCUCAAAUAGGGGGUCAAACGGAUCUGCGUCCCGUCGGCAGGGACUUGUGUGCUCCAAUUGCAAUGGUACCAACACAACUCUCUGGAGAAGAAAUGCUGAAGGAGAUCCGGUCUGCAAUGCUUGCGGGCUUUACUUCAAACUCCAUCACAUCCCUCGGCCGACCUCAAUGAAGAAAGAAGGUGCUUUACAGACAAGAAAGAGAAAAUCAAAAAGCGGAGACUCUUCCACACCAUCAACGUCACGGGCCCGAGAAAGGAAGUUUGAGAGAGCCUCUUCUUCGACCGAAAAGGCUCAAAGGUCAUCUAACCGGCGUGCGGGAAGUGCAAAAGCAGACCGAGAACUGAGCACUGCUGCCGUCGCAGCUGCGACUGCCACAUAUGUGUCACAUGCCGACUUGUAUCCCGUUUCCUCAGCUGCCGUCACCUUGCCAGAUCAAACGUACAGUAAUUACUAUCAAUGGAACACUGCCGCUACAGCUGGGUUGAUGAUGGUUCCAAACGAUCAAAACUACGUGUAUGCAGCAACAAACUACCAGACUGGCCUAAGACCUGCCGAUAACAUCCAAGUUCAUGUGAUGCCAGUUCAGGAUGAUGAAACCAAAGCUGCGGCUCGCGAUUUGGAAGCGGUCGACGGAGAUUCUUAAACAUAUAGAAAUAUUGCUCAGCUCUUCCAAAGUUGUCCAUUUUAAUGCAUAGUUUUGUAUUCUCAAAAAAAAAACCAUAUUUGUAUUAUUUAUCAUACUGAUUGCAAUAACUGCCUUUUUAAAGUGUUUUCAAAGUGUUCAUCCAUACUUGUAUAGUUUCAAAAUGUUUUAAAUAUUUUUUCUCUAAAUACUAACUCUAAUAAUUAUACAAACAUGUGUACCCUACUUUUAGUUUUUAAUAAAAUUAUUAUGGUU